AGUCACAUGCUGGUAGAUGUUUGGGGCGUUCUAACCUCUCUGAUCUGGUCCUCUCCCGCCUUUUUCAGAGUCAAUUGUUAAUAACAAAACAGAGGAAUUUAACUGCCAAUAUGGAAGACGACAAACGAGUGAAGAAAUCCAAAAAAUCCAGUAAACGAUUGUUACACGAUGAGGACGAUAAAGUCGUGAAAGAGAGGAAGAAGAAGCCAAAACGAGAGUCAUCAUCAAGUGAGAGUGAUCUGGAUAAGAACUCUUUCAAUGACUCUAAACGGAGAUUACCUAACUGGUUGGAGAUGUCUGAUUCUGAGGAUCAAUUUCAGAAGCCCAAGGAGAAAGUGAAGGAUAAGAAGAGGAAGAUUCAGGCUGAAGCACCAGAAGCACAGGCAGAAACCCCCAAAGACGUCAGUGUGAAGAAAAAUGGAUCACAGGAUCAUGAAAAGGAGCCCCAGGUGGAGUCCAAAGACUCUCCCAAGAAGAAAAAGAAGAAGAGACAGGAGGUCGAACAUUCCCCUUGUGAGACUUUUAGGAAAAAUCGUCCCUGCCCCAAAAAAUUCAAAAAAGAACGGACGGAGGAGUCUCCUGUGAAUUCCCAAGAGAAUGGUGAUGUGACGGAUGCUGAAGCUCCUUUAGAAAUUGAAGAGACAGUGUCCAAGGAGACUCUCAGGGAUGUUCAGCAGAGUCCAGGCAAGACGAGCCCCAAAAAGUCUUCAAAAUCUCAUAAAAACCUUUUCACAGAGCACGAGGAAGUUGUCAGUGAUCCAGAGAGACAUGCUGAUCCUCCUCAGGAUGUAUUCGAAGAGGAAACUAAAGAGCCUGUGAAGCAGCCAAGCCCCAAGAAAUCCCCAACUAAGUCUGUCGAACCCAAACUGAUCCCUGAAGCUGCUCUUCAAACCAAACAAACUGCUAAACAAAAGAGUCAAGAAUCUGUUGAACCUCCCAAAGAAACAAAGCGACCAGUCAAGAGAAUCACCAAAGUUCCACUUGCAGAACAGUUGACACUGGGCGAGGAAUACAAGAUGAAAAAGAUGGAUGAGAAAUCGUGUAAGAACUGUAAUGAGCCUGUGAAGAUCAAAACAAAGACCAAAGUGAGAGAUGUGGGGACACAAACGAAUGAUUCAGCUCUGAUGAAUGGAAUUAAAACGAGAGGUCGUCCGAGAGCUCCUCCCAAGGUGAAAGCAGAGGAUCCUGUCUCUGUAAAGGACAGAAUAAUUACCCCAAGACAGCCAACUGACGAGGACGAGGUGCACGAUGUCAAAAAUAAACCCAAACCCCUCAGUCAGGAACAGAUCAGUCGAUUGAGGAGCUUGAUUGUUAACUUGAAACAUCCAGUGCCACCGCAACACGACGUUGAGAUGACUGCUGGAUGUCGAGCACUCACGUCAGAGGAGAAGCAGAAUUUCCAGACAUUUGAGAAACUGAGGACUGGGGUCUGGCAGGUUGAGGAGGACAAGAUCAUUCUGAAGAACUGGAGGAAUUUUUGUAAGAGGCACGACUGGAAUCCUGAACUGACACUUCCAUUCACUGCCUGGAGGCACAAGGGGGCAUACUAUAUUCCCAAGAUGGAAGAGAGGAAAAAGUUCCUUCAGUUUUUGGCUCAUGGACUGCCUAGUAGAUCACUGUAUCAUGUAUACGCGAGAUUCAAGAAUUUGUUUAGUACACAUAAAACGGACAGAUACACACCUCUCGAAGAUAAAAUUCUAAUGGAUAAAAUUGAGAACAACCCCGAUUUGGACAAAAACAUGUACCUCGCGGAGCUUGCAGCGACACUAAACCGAACUCGACAAUCAAUCUGGAGGCGCUACAGGAUACUAAAAAAGAAGGCCGAAGAGACCGAAGACGAUUAGUCUGAUUACCUCUGCAAUAGAUUACCGAAAUCUAUUUAAAUAAUAAAAGGAUAUUUUUUAUGAAUAAAUGAUUGCAAAGUAUGAAAAAUAA